AUGUUAACUACUGACUCCCACAGCGUGCCUUCCAGAGCCCAGCGCCCUCAGCCCCGCCUGGAUCAGAGCAGCGAGCCAAGAGCCGCCCCCCCCCCCGGCCUGGCGCACACAGGUCCCGGCCGCUCCACCGGGGGGCGGGCCUGGUCUCCAUGGCUCCCGGCACUUCCGGUACCGGGCGCAGGUCGGCAGGGGCUGGACGCGCGGCCGGGCCCGUUCCUGGCUGGUGGCGGCGGCCGGCCGGUCCCUCUCGCCGCAGGGCCCGGGCCCAGCAUAGCCUUCGCUGGCCGCCGCGGCGCGCCCGACGGGCCGGAUUUCACCGUGCUCAAGCGGCUGGCGCGAGACCAGCUCAUCUACCUGCUGGAGCAGGCCUGCCCCGCGCCCGUCACCCCCGCCCUGAGCCUACCCCGAGUCUUCCCCGCGCCCGUCACCGCCGUUCCCGUCAUCUUGGGGCUUUCCCCGCACCUGUCACCGCCGCCCCAGGCCUGCCCCGAUACUGCCCCGGGCCCACCCAGGCUCGUCCCUGCUGCCCCGCGCCCGUCCCCGCCGCCCCAAGCCUACCCUGAGCCUUCCCUGCGUCCGUCACCGCUGCACCCGUCAUCUCGGGGCCCGCCCCGCGCCCAUCACUGCCUCGCCGGGCCCGCCCCGCACCCGUCAUCUCGGGGCCUGCCCCACGCCCGUCACCACUGCGCCCGUCAUCUCGGGGCCUGCCCCGUGCCCGUCACCACUGCACCCGUCAUCUCGGGGCCCGCCCCGCGCCCAUCACUGCCUCGCCGGGCCUGCCCCACGCCCGUCAUCUCGGGGCCCGCCCUGCGCCCAUCACUGCCUCGCCGGGCCUGCCCCACGCCCGUCAUCUCGGGGCCUGCCCCGCGCCCGUCACUGCCUCGCCGGGCCCGCCCUGCGCCCGUCAUCUCGGGGCCCGCCCUGCGCCCGUCACCGCUGCGCCCGUCAUCUCGGGGCCCGCCCUGCGCCCGUCACCGCUGCGCCCGUCAUCUCGGGGCCCGCCCUGCGCCCGUCACCGCUGCGCCCGUCAUCUCGGGGCCCGCCCUGCGCCCGUCACCGCUGCGCCCGUCAUCUCGGGGCCCGCCCUGCGCCCGUCACCGCUGCGCCCGUCAUCUCGGGGCCCGCCCUGCGCCCGUCACCGCUGCGCCCGUCAUCUCGGGGCCCGCCCUGCGCCCGUCACUGCCUCGCCGGGCCCGCCCCGCGCCCGUCAUCUCGGGGCCCGCCCCGCGCCCGUCACUGCCUCGCCGGACCCGCCCCACGCCCGUCAUCUCGGGGCCCGCCCCGCGCCCGUCACUGCCUCGCCGGGCCCGCCCCACGCCCGUCAUCUCGGGGCCCGCCCCGCGCCCGUCACUGCCUCGCCGGGCCCGCCCCACGCCCGUCAUCUCGGGGCCCGCCCCGCGCCCGUCACUGCCUCGCCGGGCCCGCCCUGCGCCCGUCAUCUCGGGGCCCGCCCUGCGCCCGUCACCGCUGCGCCCGUCAUCUCGGGGCCCGCUCUGCGCCCGUCACCGUUGCGCCCGUCAUCUCGGGGCCUGCCCUGCGCCCGUCACUGCCUCGCCGGGCCCGCCCCGCACCCGUCAUCUCGGGGCCCGCCCCGCGCCCAUCACUGCCUCGCCGGGCCCGCCCCGCACCCGUCAUCUCGGGGCCCGCCCCGCGCCCAUCACUGCCUCGCCGGGCCCGCCCCGCACCCGUCAUCUCGGGGCCUGCCCCGCGCCCAUCACCGCUGCGCCCGUCAUCUCGGGGCCUGCCCUGCGCCCGUCACUGCCUCGCCGGGCCCGCCCUGCACCCGUCAUCUCGGGGCCUGCCCUGCGCCCGUCACCGCUGCGCCCGUCAUCUCGGGGCCCGCCCCGCGCCCGUCACUGCCUCGCCGGGCCCGCCCCACGCCCGUCAUCUCGGGGCCCGCCCCGCGCCCGUCACUGCCUCGCCGGGCCCGCCCCGCACCCGUCAUCUCGGGGCCCGCCCCGCGCCCGUCACUGCCUCGCCGGGCCCACCCCGCACCCGUCAUCUCAGGGCCCGCCCCGCGCCCAUCACUGCCUCGCCGGGCCCGCCCCGCACCCGUCAUCUCGGGGCCCGCCCCGCGCCCAUCACUGCCUCGCCGGGCCCGCCCCGCACCCGUCAUCUCCGGGCCCGCCCCGCGCCUGUCACCGCCGCGCCAGGCCUGCCCCGCACCCAUCACAGCUGCGCUGGGCCUGUCCCAUGCCUGUCACUGCCGUGCCGGGCCUGCCCUGA